AUGGAGUCUAAAUCGGAGGUGAAGAAGGAGUCCGGUGAGUCCAGUCCGUCGGAGGCCGCCUGCCUCUGCUCCCCGGCGGCCAAGAACCAGUGCGCGAGCUGCGGCAUGGAGAUCCACGACCGGUACCUGCUGAAGGUCAACAACCUGAACUGGCACUUGGGAUGUCUGGAGUGUUCCGUGUGUCGAGCAUCUCUGCGGCAGCACAACAGCUGCUACGUGAAAAACAAAGAAAUAUUCUGCAAAGUGGAUUAUAUCAGUAGGUUCGGCACUAAGUGCGCCCAGUGUGGCCGGCAGGUGUACGCCAGCGACUGGGUGCGGCGGGCCCGGGGCAGCGUGUACCACCUGGCCUGCUUCGCCUGCUUCUCCUGCAAGAGGCAGCUGUCCACCGGGGAGGAGUUCGGCCAGGUGGAGGGCCGAGUGCUCUGCCGCAGCCACUACGACAUCAUGCUGGACAACCUGCGCCGAGCGGCAGAAAACGGGACAGGACUCACUCUGGAGGGAGCGCUGCCCUCGGAUCAGGACUGCCAACCCAAACCAGCCAAGAGGGCGCGGACAUCGUUCACCGCGGAGCAACUGCAGGUGAUGCAGUCUCAGUUCGCUCAGGACAACAACCCCGACGCUCAGACUCUACAGAAGCUGGCAGAGAUGACAGGACUGAGCAGACGGGUCAUACAGGUUUGGUUUCAGAACUGCCGAGCUCGACACAAAAAGCACCCGCCUCUGAGCGGCUUCUCCCAGAGCGCCCCGAUGUCCAGGAUGCCUCCGUCGCUGCCUGACGACAUCCACUACUCCCCGUUCGGCAGCCCGGACCGAUCACACCUGCUGGCCCUGCACGGGUACCUGGACACUCAUCCCUUCUCCGUCCUCGCCGCCCCGGGCCACUUGACCCAUCCGUCCAUCUCUUUGCCGCAGCUUCCCAUCAGCCGCUGA